CUCUCACACACACACACACACACACACCCCUCUUCCUCCUCAUUUCCCCCUUGAUUGCUUAUCUUUUGAAUGGUUGACUUUAUAGCCAGAAAUGACUACAUAGACACACAUAUAUAUAAGGUGAUGAUGGAGUAUGUGAUCUCAAUAUACGCAUUUAACUUCAUCUCCUAUUCCUUUUCUUCUGUUUCUUGGUUGGUGCAGCCUGAGUACCCAAUCUUCUGUCUGUGAAACUAUAGCAGUACCCUGUGUAAUAAACCUACAAGAUAUAUAGUAACCCUCUCAUUUAUCAAAUUCGGGGAUGCAUGAGGUCUAAUAAGAGAAACAGAAACAAGUUUCACCCAAAAAACAGUCUUGGUUAUUUUUGUACUGCUGCUGCUCUUGAAUUUGAUAAAGGUUCACAGUUCACUGCUUUCAGCAAGGCAUGGUACACCGACAGGAAGAGAAUCUGGCCUAUCUGAAUCAAGAGUCUUCAGAAAGUUGAAACUUUCCCAAUUUGGAGUAUAUAUAAGCUUUGGUUGGUGCAAAUUUCAAGCAAGUUGACAAUAUGGAUGACCACCGUUCCUCGACCCCUAAUUCUACAUUCGAAACUUUCUCAGGAAAUGUCACGAACUGGGAUUUCAUGGAUGAAAUCUUGUAUCAAGGGUGGUUUGAGAAGGAUGGAGGGUUCAACUUUCUGCAGCAAGGUCGUCUCUCCACCUCUAAUGUUCUGCAUGACCCUUCACUAUAUAUUCCCGUUACGGGGACUCCUAAUUGGAGUACAGCCUCAAACCAGCAGGACUAUCAAGAAGAAACAGAAAGGCAUUGCCAUGGAAAUCCACCACUAGAUUAUUCAAACAGCACGGAUCUUGUUCAGACUGAACUUCAGGUUGAAGAUUCUGUGGAGACUUCCACACCUUUCGCGCACCCCGCAAGCUGUCGAGUAGAAGCUGCUGGAUUGGGUUGCGAAUGGCAGAUGGUGCAGAGAGUAAAUCCAGGGACUUCAUGUUCUGUGAAGGAGAGAGUACUGCAAGCCGUUGGAUACUUAAAAAAUUGUAUACAAGAUAGAGAUAUUCUUAUCCAGAUUUGGCUACCCAUGGAGAAAGAAGGGAAAAGAGUACUUGCUACUAUUGAUCAGCCAUACUUUGUUGAUCCGAGUUGCAAGAGUCUUGCAAGUUAUAGAAAGGUUUCAACAGCCUAUCAUUUCCAAGCAGAAGAGGAUGCAAAAUGUUCUGUAGGGUUCCCCGGCCGGGUUUUCUUGGAAAAGCUGCCUGAGUGGACUCCUGACGUACGUCUCUUCAGAAGAGAAGAAUAUCCACAUAAAGAUCAUGCAGUACAACAUAACAUUAGAGGGUCUCUUGCACUCCCACUUUUCAAACAAGGCAGUGAGACUUGCUUGGGCAUAGUUGAGAUUGCGACUACCAUUCAGAAGAUAAGCUAUCGUCCAGAACUACAAGACAUCUGCAAAGUUCUCCAGGCUGUUGAUCUAAGAAGUUCUGAAGACUUCUGCUCUCCUGGUGUCGAGACUUGCAAUCGAUUAAAUCGAGCUGCGGUGCCUGAGAUUUCAGAUAUUGUGAAAUCUGUUUGCAAGACAUAUAGGUUGCCCUUGGCUCUAACAUGGGCCUUAUGUAGCCGGCAAGGUAAAAGUGGACGCCAGCAGUUUCCCGAAAGGUUUAGCUCUUGUAUUUCCACUGUGGAUUCUGCUUGCUUUUUAGCCGACAGAGGUUUUUCAGGUUUUCACAUGGCGAGUUUUGAGCAAUACCUUUUCCUCGGUCAAGGGAUUGUGGGGAGAGCAUUCACAACACAAAAGCAAUGUUUCACGAAUGAUAUAACUUCCUUCAGCAAGAAAGAUUAUCCUCUAGCUCACCAUGCUAAGAUAUUUGGUCUUCAUGCUGCCAUAGCGAUUCCCCUGAGAAGCAUUUCUACUGGAUUGGUUGAAUUUGUGUUGGAGUUUUUCUUGCCAAAAGAUUGCCAAGAUACCGAAGAGCAAAAGGAGAUGUGGGAUUUAUUGCCUAUUUCCAUAAAACAGGUUUGCUGGAGUUUACAAGUUGUCAUGGACAAGGAGCUUGAUCAAGGAGAAAAUCAGAGUUUUGUAUCAUCACCUUCUAAAGAACCACCACGGGAUGAAUCAUCUUGGAUUGCCUGGAUGGUGGAGGCCCAAAAGAAGGGUAAAAGUUGCUGCAUCACGUGGGACUAUCCAAAAGAACCUAAAGAAGAGUUCAAGAUGAUAACUCCCUGGGAUGACUCCGAGGAGGAAUUAGACAAUAAGCAAGUAAUUUCAGAGUUGGGUCAACUUCAGCAAAAUCCUAGACCUAAUAGCUGUAUCGAGGGUGAUGGAGUUUCUUCUGCUUUUGGCGGAUGUCGCUCAUUAGGCAGCAGGAAAACAGGUAAGAAGAGACGGACCAAGACAGCGAUCCAGACAAUCAGCUUGGAAGUUCUUCGACGAUACUUUGCAGGGAGCCUCAAAGAUGCUUCUCAAAGCCUCGGUGUUUGCUCUACUACUCUAAAACGGAUAUGCAGACAACACGGUAUCAAACGAUGGCCUUCUCGAAAGAUCAACAAGGUUGGCCAUUCCUUACGAAAACUCCAGCAGGUGAUCGACACAGUCCAAGGUGCUAAGGGUGCCGUUCAAAUUGAAUCUUUCUAUUCAGCCUUCCCAGAACUGAGCUCUCCAAAAAUUUCAAGUCAUGCUCCUUAUUCAUCAUUGAGGAGCGACAAUUCAAAGCACUUAGACUCUCCACCUGAUGAUUCUAGCCCUUCUGGCACUGCUUCAAAAUCCCAUUCCUCUCCGUGUAGUGGGAAGUCUUGCUCAAGUAACUGCUGUUCUGCUCGAGCACAACAGCAUGAUGCCACCACUAUAACUGUCUCAAGCAAUGGAAAUGGCGCUUUACUUGCAGAAACAUCGAAUGGGAUUUUAAAGAGGACUUGCAGUAGUGAAUUAGCAGAAUUUCAUUCAAUGAAUAACCAUGGAGAUCCAGACUUUCUUGUAAGAUCACAAAUUCACAAAACAAGGACAGUCAGUGGGCAUAUACAUCAAAGUGAGUUAGGAAGUCCACGUUUUGCCCAGAGUUUACGAGAAGGAGGUGUCUUCGGAGUUAAAGCCAUUUUUGGUGUAGAAAAGGUUAGGUUAGGCUUGCAACCAAACUGGGGUUUAAGGGACUUGCAACAAGAGAUUGGUAAACGUUUUGAGAUAGAUGAUUUCACGGAUAUUGGUCUCAAUUAUAUGGAUGAUAAUGGGGAAUGGGUUCGUUUGACCUGCGAUGGUGAUCUUGAGGAGUGCAAAGAGAUACACAUAUUCUCUCAAAGAAACACAAUGAAGAUCUCCUGUCACGAUCCGAAUCUCGUGUCCAUGACCAGCAAUACAGGAGCAACAUUGUAAACAUCACAUCUACGCUAUGCCCUAAAACAUACAUAUCAUAAAACAAAUUAUAUAAAAUUAACGCAUCAUUUUGUAAAGUUUCAAAUAUUCCUCAAAACCAAUAAAACAAUUCAUAAUUCAAAA